AUGGAUUUGGCGGGGUUCGGGUUGGAGCGAGUGGCGAGCCUGGAGGGCGGCAGCGACGCCGACGACUGGGAGGAGCCCGCCCGCCACGCCGCCAACGGCGCCGCGGAGGCGUCCGGCAACGACUCCGCAGAAGCCGCGUCUCCGGCCGGCACGGACCGCCGCGAUUCCCCCAGUCGCGAUGACUCGCAGUCGCAAUCGCCGUCGCGGUCGUCGCGAUCGUCGUCGUCACAGUCGUCUGGGUCGUCAGCAUCGUCGCGGUCAUCGCACAGCGACGGGGAGAGUGAAGAUGGAGGCGGUGGGGACGAGAGGAAGGAAGGCAAUGGGGAGAGAGAGGAGGAAAAGGAAGGCGGGUAUGACGGGGAAGGGCUGGCAGAGGAUGUGAAGGGCAGCGGUGGCGACGAGUCGACGGGACCAGACCCGCGGGGCGAUGCGCGCGAGGGCGGCGAGCAGGGGGGGAUGGCGUUUGGGGGGACAGGGCUUGGCGUGAACCUGGACUUUGACGAGGACGACGGGAGUGACUAUAACGAGUCAAGCGACGGCGAGGGAGGGGGGACGGGGAGUGACAGAAGUGGCGAGGAGUGGCGAGGAAGCGAGGGGGGUGAGAGGGGCGAGCGUUGGGAGCAGGAGCAUGCGAGUGGCAUGAAGCGCAAGGAGCGAGGCGCUGGCGAGGCAGCAGAGGGCGAUGAGCGGCCGGCGAAGCGGAUGGAGGCGGGCGGGGCAGGUGAGGGCGGGGGAGGCGAGGCGGAGGGGCUGCUGGUGCGCGUGGUGGCGGACCACUACAGCCGGCGCGACAACCAGCAGCGGCACGAGCGCGAGGCGAGUCCCAUCAUCCACCUGAAGAAGCUCAACAACUGGAUCAAGUCCGUGCUCAUCCGCCUCCACACCCACCCCGCCCGCGGUGCACGCGUGCUGGACCUGGCGUGCGGCAAGGGCGGCGACCUCACCAAGUGGGCGCGCGUCAACGUGGGCUUCUACCUCGGAGUGGACGUGGCUGAGGGCUCCGUGCACAACGCCAUGGCGCGCUACAACGGCGACUCGCACCGCUCCUUCGCCGGGGGAGGUGGGGCGAGGGACGAGGGGGACGGCGACCGGCGGCAGAUGCGGUUCCCGGCGAAGCUGGCGUGUGCGGACUGCUUUGGUGUGCCUUUGGACCGCGAGUUGCUGCCGUGGGCGCCGUUUGACAUCUGCUCCACGCAGUUCGCUCUGCACUACUCCUUUGAGACAGAGCAGCGCGCUCGCUGCGGGCUGCGCAACAUCGCAGCGCUGCUGCGGCCGGGCGGCAAGUUCAUCGGCACCAUCCCCGACGCCAACGUGCUCGUGCACAAGCUGCGGGCCUCGCCGAACCUCAGGUUCGGCAACUCCGUCUACUCGAUAGAAUUCGCCGCGGAAUUCGCGGACAAGAAGUUCCCUUGUUCCCGCCCAUACGGCAUCCGGUAUGAGUUCCGGCUGGAGGACGCCGUGGACUGCCCCGAGUGGCUCGUGCCCUUCGCCUUCCUGCAGCGCCUUGCUGCGGAGUACGGGCUGCAGGUGCUGUACCACGCCAACUUCCACCAGUUCAUCAAGACGCACGUCGCCGUCGAGCCGCACGCGUCGCUGCUGCGCCGCAUCGUGGGCGAGCGGUGGCGCGAGGAGAUGACCGCGGAUGAGUGGGACGCCGCGUACCUCUACUGUGUGUUUGUCUUCCGCAAGGAGGGCACCGCUGGGGCUGAGGGGGGUGGCGUUGCAGGGGAGAGGAGGGAGGAGGUGUACUGUUGUCCGAAAUAUCACAUAAAGAAAUGUGAGAGCUGGGGGAAACUUCGAGAAUUCGGGUUGUCCAAUGUCGGGAACUUCUGUCAUCCAAAUUCAUUCGAUACAUGCGCUGCAUCAUCCCGUCUAGUUCCGCCAUCGCCGUUCCCUCAGAAACAGGGUGUCCCCGUCGCGCACGCCACACGCGCCGUCAUGGACGCUUUUCCCCCCCAUCCUCGCCACCGCCCUCGCGCGCUCUCUCUUCUUGUUGCCGCUCCGCUGCUCCUCCUCGUCCCCGCGCUCGCGUGCCUUAGCCCUCCUCCCCCACUCGCCUCACUCCUUUCCUCCCUGUCCCUCGCCCUCCGCCCUCUCUCCGCUUGCUUCUCCUCGCCCCUUCCUCCACCCCCGCCGCUGCUUCCCAUCCCCACGGCGCGCCAGCUGACCCGUCAGCGUGCCGAGCUGGCGGCGUUCUUCCACGUGGGCAUGAACACGUUCACGGACCGCGAGUGGGGCACGGGGCGCGAGGACCCGCGGCUGUUCGACCCGGCGGCGCUCAACGCGACUCAUUGGGUCGACACCGUCAAGGCCGCCGGCUUCCAGCUGGUGGUGCUGACAGCCAAGCACCAUGACGGCUUCUGCCUGUGGCCCUCGGCGCUCACCAACCACUCCGUGCGCCGCUCGCCCUGGAAGGCCGGCCGGGGGGACGUCGUCGCUGACGUCGCUGCAGCGGCACGGGCGGCGGGCGUGGGGCUGGGGUUGUAUCUGUCGCCGUGGGACCGCAACGCGCGGGCGUAUGAGGAGGGCAGUGAGGCGUACAACGCCUUGUACGAGGGGCAGCUGAGGGAGUUGCUCACCCGCUACGGCCCCGUGGCGGAGGUGUGGCUGGACGGCGCCAAGGGGGACCGCCGCCCCAUGACCUACCACACUGCCACGUGGCAGGCUCUCAUUCGCCAGCUGCAGCCGGCAGCGGCGGUGUUUUCAGCGCAGGGCCCCGACAUGCGGUGGGCGGGCAAUGAGCGCGGCGAGGCGGGCGAGCCGUGCUGGGCCAUGGUGAACGGCAGCCAGCUCACGCUGGACGGCACCGACACCCAGUAA